AUGGGUCACGGAUUCUCGCGCAUCAGGAACGGAACUGAGGCAGCACGCGGCGAAGAGGAACUAAUGGCCCCUGCCCGGAGGGCCACUAUGCACGGGAGGUCUAUGCGGGAGCUAAACGACGGCAUCAACUACGUGUAUUCUGCCCUCGGAAUGGAAAAGGACGACGAAAAAGACGAAGACUUCGUGGUCGGGGACGGCGAAGAGGAUGAUGAUGAAGAAACGGCGCUCUCCUUCGAUGAAUCUGGCUCUCGAUCAAAAGCUGGUGAGGCCAUGAAGUGUACAUUCGCCGACACUUAA